AUGUAUUCUGCAGUCCCUUAUGCUAUAGCACAGGGUCUUGUGGAGAUCCCCUACAUUGCGGCCCAGACAAUAUUAUAUGGCAUCACUACAUACUUCAUGAUCAAGUUUCAGAGGACAAUUGGGAAGUUUUUUCUCUACAUUGCGUUCAUGUUUUUAACUUUCACUUACUUUACCUUCUAUGGAAUGUUGGCUAUUGGUCUUGCACCAUCUCAAAAAAUGGCUGAUUUAAUACCCGGAUGGUGGAUCUGGUUCUACUACCUAUGUCCAAUUACAUGGACUUUGCAAGGUCUCAUCGGGUCUCAACUUGCUGACGUGGAAGAACCCAUCAUAGGUCCUGGAGGUUUCCAGAGUGCUGCUUCCCUUUUUCCGCUUCAACAUCGUUCUUCUUCUUAUUUUCUUUUUCCGUUGAAGCAGAACCACCUUCCUCAGCAAAGUAUAGUGUAUAAAUUUGUAAAAAGUUGGGAACUUCCAAGAUUGCUUGAUAGAUUUAAGAGUGCAGAAGGGUUUUUGUUUGUACAGGAUGAUAUGAUUCUUAAUUACUGGAACUUGGUCCAAGCAGACAAGAAUAAGCUCUGGAUAACAGACAAGAACCACCUUCCUCAGCCUGCUGCUUCUCUUUCUUCACUUGAUCACCGGAUUCAUCAUCGUUAG